AUGAAUGGCAGAGAUCGUCCCCGCGGGCCUCCCCCAGGGCCGCCAGGGCCCGCGCCAAAUCGCGGAGAUUUGCAGUCUGAUUCGGGCUCGAGCCCAAGCACCAUGACAAGAGGAGCCGCCUUUGAAGACGAGAAGAAGCGGAUCAUUCAUAGUUGUUUCGCAAAAAAGGAUGAAGAUGGUCUCCUACUCGAAUCCUAUAUCACCCACGUUCGCAUCACCGAGGAUGCAGUGCACCCGUCCAGCCCUUCCCCGCCAAACGGGCCACCUGAGAACAAGAAACCCCGUAUCAUUAUCAUAUCAGUUCGAAAGUCGGGUAGAGUCCGCAUACACAAAGCUCGAGAGAACAAUGAGGGGACUUACUCUAUCGGCAAAACCUGGAUGCUCGACGACUUGACCGCAAUUCAAUCAUUUGCCUCUUUUGUGCCGAAAACACCAGGAGAGCAGCAACAAAAAGAAUGGGCGGGCAACGUAGGAUUCACAGUCACAAUUGGAAAGCCAUACUACUGGCAUGCCAGGACUUCGAAGGAAAAGGAGUUCUUUAUUGGGAGUCUGGUCAAGAUCUACAGGAAAUACACCAAUGGAAAAAUCCCCAACCUCAUCGGUUUCGAUGAUAGGGAGCGACAAAUGCUGGCAAGGCAUGGACAACCGCCACAACCAGGACAGCCAGGCCAACCAGGACAGCCGCCACAGUCAGCACAGCUUGCACAACCAGGUGGUCCUCCAAAUGGUCCACCGCCCAGGGGACCCGGUCCAAUGCCUUCAACAUCGGACAGCUCGGUGCCUCCUUCGCUACAACCGUCCUAUAGAGGUCGUGAUCCCAGUCGCGAUGGGCCUCGGGAAGUCAAAAGGAGGCCUUCCGAAGACCCCACCCUUCGCGCUCAAAAGAGCCGUGAGCAGAUGUCUCGGCCAUCUACUGGUUCUCGGCCAUCUACAGGACAAGGCAGACCGGCACCAUCUCCAUUUGAUCUACAUAAAUCUCCUCCUCCGUCACUCCUUUCUGGGCCGCCUCUGGACCAGCAACUGCCGCCACGCGCACCCGAGCGUAUCGCAGCAAACGCAAAACCCCCGACUUCACUAUCAGAGUCGAGGGGAACAGAUAAUCUGACUGCUACUGCUGCACAACCCAGCUAUGCCGAUAUUCCAGAGUCACUCCGCCCAUCUUCUGCUCGCAGCCAGGAUCGUGGGCCCAAACCCCCACCUCUUGCUACCCAACCAACCCCAAACAAGACACCAGAAUUCAUGCGCAGCAAUGAUGCACUUCGUCCUCCCACUUCUAGUUCUUUCAAUAACGAGAGCGGGGACACAUCCCCACGUCCCGCGCCCAGCUUUGGGCCAAAGUCGCCCCAGCGUGGUCGCGGCGAGAAGGUAUUCACGUUUAAUCAGCCCUCUAUGCCUCAAGAGAAAAGUGCAUCAGAUAGCUUGUUGGCUGGACCUUCCGCACAUCCCCGGGAACCGUCUUCGUCGCCAGCAAUUGAGGGACUGGCUGCAGAGCCUGCUGCUAUGAUGGCUGCGGGUCUACCCUCAGCAGAGCCUAUUCAGCCUUCUAUGGAAAAGCCCAAAACCCCUGUCGAAACCGUUCCUGCUGUGGAUUCACCAUCUCAAGCUUCCCCAGAGCAGGAGGAAGAAACCAGCGAACUCGAGCCACAUCGCCCAGGGCUCGGCCCUAUGGUCAAGAAAAAGGAAGGCAAAGAUGUUGCAGGCGCCUGGAAAAAGGCUGCAAAUGCUUAUGGUACUUUCAAGCCCAGGGCUGGUGGGGCUGGUGAGCGACUGCUGGCAGCCGCGAAGAAGUCACAGAUUGAUGCUACGGGCCCUGACGGCAUUACCAGUGUCGUUCCGGCGCCAUCCCUUACCCGGUCGGCCACUGAUCCCCCACCGAGUCCAGUGGCAACAAGGUCAGAACAAGAUCUACAAGUCCCCGCACCCGCACAAAUCCCUGCGCCUGCUGCAGGGCCGGAGACACCGAUUGUCGAGAUCACAAAGCCGGCUCCUGAGGAAAUCCCGGUGGCCCGUGUGCAAACCCCUGAGAUCUCUCAGGAGAACCUCUCUGAUAUUAUUGUAAAGGUUGAAGAUCGUUCAAGAUCACCAUCCCCGGCAUCUCAAGGACGUCGUCGUAGACGCCGUGAAGACCACACUAUGAAAUAUUGCCAAGCCCUUGGAAUCGAUCCCAGCAUUCUCGAUGGACGUGGUAUUGAUUUUGAUGACAUCCUCACUGAUCUAGGUUGGAACGGACGGUUGGCCGAUGAACAGAAGAUUGAGGAUUUGGAAGCAGAUGUUCGCCGUGAGAUUGGCCGUGUCGAAGCCACCAGCUGGCUUGGCAACCUUGAACAGCAGGAAGGAAAGGUGGAACAACUUGCGAGCUUGAUCGAUAGAACGAUUGAAGAGUGCGAUGAACUGGAUGGUCUAUUGACCCUUUACUCUCAUGAAUUGAACACUCUUCACGAGGAUGUAGCCUAUAUUGAAGCUCAAGGUCAAGGUCUGCAGGUACAAGCAGCGAAUCAGAAGCUCCUUCAAAACGAACUACAGACCCUUUUGAAAACACUCUCAAUAUCUUCAUCUGAGCUGGGACCCCUCAAGGAGGCCUCUUUGAGUAAUCCCGAUGGUUUGAAGGAUACUGAAGGCGCUCUAUCGACGUUGUACAAGGCCAUGCUUACGAUCGACUCUGACAUUGGACAAAACAAGAAACGUCAAGUCGAUGCCAGUGUCGGUGUCUAUGCUGAUACAGAAAUUGGCCAGAUGCGUGCGAUAAAGCAAAAGAAGGAAGAGUAUCGCUCUACUGCAACCAUGUUCCUCGACCGACUACAACAGUUCAUGGCCCUUGCCUUCAAAAUGGCAGAACAACAACGAGUUGAUUCGACCAACGGUGCCAAAGAUUCGAUGAAAUUGGACAGUGCCGCACGAGCGCACUUCCGUCAAGAGGUUUGGCGGUAUAAUGCCCUGAUGCUAUUUGCUAAGGAGGUUAGCAUGGCAGAGUGGAAUAGGCUUGUUGGUCUCUAUGAGCAGCAGUCUAAGACUUCGUACCAGAACGACUUCCGCGACAAUAAUCUGGCUUGGAAGAAGACCGCGCGCAAACCAACGGGAGAUGAGCAGGAACUCCUCUUCACACACCAAGAGAAAGAGAAAGAGGCCGAGGGUCUUACCAUGGCUGCAAGGAAACUGACAGUACGACGAGGCAAGACGGUGCGGGCUGCCGCUGGGCUUCGACUGGCUUCGGGCAGUGGGAAGAAGCAAGGAAGGGCUGAGCCAUCUGAGGUAUUUGCUGGGACUCUACGAGAGACACUGAACAUGAUGGCUCAGGAGCAAAACUUCAUUAUCCAAUUCUUCCAUCUCAAUUCUCUUGCUAGCGCCGACUUUUCCGACUUGGUGGCUGCAACCAUUCCAGAAAACCGCUCUUGUCCCAACUUUUCUGCCAACCAGCCACAUGAUCCUGAUCGUAGAAUGGCAAAGAGAGUCGAGCAAAUCAUGGAUGACAUUUACUCAUUCUGGCCAAAUGACAUGCAGAGCAUAGUGGACUGGGCGAUGCAGGCUGAUCCUCUUCAGGGAAUUGGUAUUAUCUAUGCCUUGGAGACUGCCAUGAAUGACUUUGAUGACACGAAUCAAGAGUUCAUUCUUCAUGCACUGCAGAAAAUUCAUUCCCGCUUGAUGGGACUCUUCAACCGAUUUGUAGAUGAGCAAAUCCGAGGCAUUGAGGACACCAAAGUCAAGGUGAACAAGCGGAAAGGAGUAAUUUCCUUCAUGCGGGUGUUCCCCAACUUCUCCAAUGCGGUGGAAAGCAUGCUGUCAUCCCCGUCCAACGCCUUCUGUGACAUUCGGGUUAGCGUCAAUGACGCGUACGACCGCAUCAAUCGUGCGAUGUGGGAGUCACUCAAAUUCAUUGCCAAGGAAGCACCCGGCCAACCUCCGGGUGUCACUGCGGGUGCGGGCGAUCCGGAAGACAAAGAGAUUCUGAACUACCACAUCCUCCUCAUUGAGAACAUGAACCACUACAUCGAGGAAGUGGAUGUGCACAACAUCCCAGCACUUGAACGUUGGACCGAUCGGGCCCACCAAGACUUCCAGGAGCACAUGAAGCUCUACCUUGACGCGGUCAUUCACCGCCCACUGGGCAAACUAAUUGAUUUCGUGCAGUCAAUUGACAACCUCCUCGCGGCGGGCGGUAACCCAACCGACAUCGCAGCCCGCGCCAGUCACUCCCGCAUUAUGGCGAAGAAGGUUCUCACCUCCUACGAUAACAAGGAAAUCCGUCGUGGUAUCGAAAUGCUCAAAAAGCGUGUUGAGAAGCACUUCGGUGAUGCCGAUGACCCUGGUCUUAGCCGCAGUCUCGUUGUCAAGGUGCUCCGGGAGUGUGAGAACCGUUACGAGAACACUUAUGAUCGCACGCGGCUGAUUAUUGAAGACGUCUACGAGGGUCAAUUGGAUAUGGACUGGCGCAAGGAAGAGACCCUUAGCAUGUUCCGGAAAUGA